GAAAUCCAAAAAUCAUAGAUAGCUGACAAACACGCUGAAGCUGGAGCCCAGACGAUAGAAAGCGAGGCGAAGGCUAACCUCCCAGAACCAUGGCAGCUGCUGCUGCUGCAAGGACCUUGCUUUACUCCUCUCACAGCAAGCUCUUCUUCUUUCCUUUUUCAAAUUGCAGCAAAAAACUACACAGACCCAUAAUCAAUAAGAAUCCUAUCUUCGUCCCUCUAAGGUGCUUGCAAUCAGCCCAGCAAAAUGCCUCCACAACCCGUGACCCAAUGCGCAGCCGUUCCAGCGUGGUCGAUAUCCUUGAAGAAAGGGGCUUGCUUGAAUCCAUCACCAGUGACAAUCUCAGGUCUAUCUCUACUACAAGCACUCUCAAGGCUUACUGUGGUUUUGACCCAACUGCAGAGAGCUUGCACUUAGGUAACCUUCUGGGCAUAAUUGUUCUCUCCUGGUUCCAAAGGUGCGGCCAUAAAGCUGUCGCCUUGAUUGGCGGCGCCACCGCCAGAAUUGGAGACCCAUCUGGGAAAAGCCUGGAAAGGCCAGAGCUUGAUGCUGAUACUUUAGAGAAUAACACACAAGGGAUUACCAAUGUUAUUACAAGAAUCUUGAAUAUGAAUAGCAGCAGUAAUGUUAAUGGUGAUGGCAAUCAUUUGAAUUCAAGUUCUUUCUUUUUGGUUAUGAAUAAUUAUGAUUGGUGGAAAGAGGUUAGGUUGCUUGAUUUUUUGAAACAAGUAGGGAGAUUUGCAAGGGUGGGGACUAUGAUGGGCAAAGAAAGUGUAAAGAAGAGGCUUGAAUCAGAGCAAGGAAUGAGCUAUACUGAAUUCACUUACCAGCUUUUGCAGGGUUAUGAUUUCUUAUAUCUUUAUCAAAAUGAGGGUGUUAAUGUUCAGAUUGGAGGGAGCGAUCAGUGGGGCAAUAUAACUGCUGGUACUGAACUUAUUAGAAAGAUUCUUCAGCCAGAAGGGGAUGUGGCUUUUGGCUUGACAUUCCCUCUUCUAUUGAAGAGUGAUGGCACUAAAUUUGGGAAAUCAGAGGAUGGUGCCAUUUGGCUUUCACCGUCCUUGUUAUCUCCUUACAAGUUCUACCAGUAUUUUUUUUCGGUCCCGGAUGCUGAUGUUAUUAGGUUUUUAAAGAUACUUACUUUCUUGGACAUAGAGGAGAUUGAUGAGUUGGAGAAGGAAAUGAAUAGACCUGGCUAUACCCCCAACACUGCUCAGCGGAGGCUGGCUGAACAGGUCACUCUUUUUGUUCAUGGUGAGGAUGGACUUAAUGAGGCUCUCAAGGCAACUGAGGCUUUGAGACCUGGAGCUGAGACCAAGUUGGAUUGGAAGACCUUUGAGGGCAUUGCUGAAGAUGUGCCUUCCUGUUCUUUGGCCUCUGACCAGGUUCUCAAUAUCUCUCUUAUCGAUCUUUCUGUUUCUUCCGGUCUGCUUGAUAGUAAAUCAGCUGCCCGCCGUCUGUUGAAGCAAGGAGGGCUUUACUUGAACAACAGCAGAGUUGAUAGCGAAACUAAGAGAAUUGAACCUCAAGACGUUGUGGAUGGAAAAGUUCUCCUUUUAUCUGCUGGCAAGAAGAACAAAGUCAUUGUACGAAUAACUUGACUACUCUUGUUGUUGCAUAGUUGAUUGUUUGCUUUAAAUUGCUAUUCCAUCUUUUGAGUUUCUCUGCAGCCUUCCCAAGCAAUGAAUUUCAUGGGAUAGAAGACACUAAGGAUAUUUAAAAACAAUAUUUCAAAAAUUCUGCACUUAUUUAUCACGUGUUGAACUAUGAUCUUGAUCAAGUUAGAUGUAUAACCUAAAAUCAGUUUUCUCUGCUA